AGGCGUGGGCGCGGGCGGGGCUGCCGCGGGCACGGAGCGUCUGCCUCGUCGCCGAAGUCCGGAGCACCCUCGAAGGCAGUGUCUCCCGCUCUCCGUCCGUCGGCCAGGCCUUGCAGCAUCAUGCCUGCUGUGGACAAGCUCCUGCUAGAGGAGGCAUUGCAGGACAGCCCCCAGACUCGCUCUUUACUGAGUGUAUUUGAAGAAGAUGCUGGAACCCUCACAGAUUAUACCAACCAGCUGCUCCAGGCAAUGCAGCGCGUCUAUGGAGCCCAGAAUGAAAUGUGCCUGGCCACUCAGCAGCUUUCUAAACAACUGCUGGCAUAUGAAAAACAGAAUUUUGCUCUUGGCAAAGGAGAUGAAGAAGUAAUUUCUACACUCCACUGUUUUUCCAAAAUGGUGGAUGAGCUUAAUGUUCUCCAUACAGAGCUGGCUAAACAGUUGGCAGACACAAUGGUUCUACACAUUAUACAGUUUCGAGAAAAAGAUCUCACAGAAGUAAGCACUUUAAAGGAUCUUUUUGGACUUGCCAGCAAUGAGCAUGACCUCUCAAUGGCAAAAUAUAGCAGGCUUCCUAAAAAAAAGGAGAAUGAAAAGGUGAAGGCUGAGGUUGUGAAAGAGGUAGCAGGUGCGCGGCGGAAGCAGCACCUCUCAUCACUUCAGUACUACUGUGCCCUCAACGCGCUGCAGUACCGAAAGCGGGUGGCCAUGAUGGAGCCCAUGCUGGGCUUUGCCCACGGACAGAUUAACUUUUUUAAGAAGGGAGCAGAGAUGUUUUCCAAAAGCACAGACAGCUUAUUAUCCUCCGCUGCAGACAUGGUUCAGAGCAUUCAGGUGGAAAUGGAAGCUGAAGCAGAAAAGAUGCGGGUGUCCCAGCAAGAAUUACUUUCUGUCGAUGAAUCUGUUUACACUCCAGACUUCGAUGUAGCUGCACCACAGAUCAACAGGAACCUCAUCCAGAAGGCUGGUUACCUCAAUCUUAGAAAUAAAACAGGGCUGGUCUCCACCACCUGGGAGCGACUAUACUUCUUCACCCAAGGCGGAAAUCUCAUGUGUCAGCCCAGGGGAGCCGUGGCUGGAGGUCUGAUCCAGGAUCUGGACAACUGCUCAGUGAUGGCAGUGGAUUGUGAAGACCGACGAUACUGCUUCCAGAUCACCACUCCAAAUGGAAAAUCGGGAAUAAUUCUUCAGGCAGAGAGCAGAAAGGAAAAUGACGAGUGGAUAUGUGCAAUAAACAACAUCUCCAGACAGAUCUACCUGACUGACAACCCAGAGGCGGUCGCCAUCAAGUUGAAUCAGACGGCGCUGGAAGCAGUGACUCCCAUCACAAGUUUUGGGAAAAAACAAGAAAACUCGAGCCCCAGUCAGAACCUGAAAAUUUCAGAGAUGGAAAAUGAUAAGAUUGUGCCCAGAGCAACAGCCAGUAUACCUGAAGCUGAACAACUGAUUGCACCUGGAACACCUAUUCAGUUUGAUAUUGUACUUCCUGCUACAGAAUUCCUUGAUCAGAACAGAGGGAGCAGGCGGAUCAACCCUUUUGGUGAAACUGAGGAUGAAACUUUUCCAGAAGCAGAAGAUUCUCUUUUGCAACAGAUGUUUAUAGUUCGGUUUUUGGGAUCAAUGGCAGUUAAAACAGACAGCACUACUGAAGUGAUUUAUGAAGCAAUGAGACAAGUACUGGCUGCUCGCGCCAUUCAUAACAUCUUCCGCAUGACAGAAUCCCAUCUGAUGGUCACCAGUCAAACUCUGAGGUACAUUCCGUUUGCUUUUCAGACUUUCUUACAGCUUCGUUUGAUUCCCCUGUAUAGGCACAUUCACCCAUCUGGAGUACUCGUGCUAGAAUAUUUGUUUGCUUGGAUUAACUUCUGCCCUCACUCCUUUUUACACUGUGAUUUAUUUAUAAAAUGUAUAGGAUAAAAAUGCUCCCUAAAGAUGAGAACUGGUAUCUUUAGAAAUUCAGUGGUGAGUGAACAGUACUGCUCAUAAAGAUGCCGUCACUCUAGAGUUACUCUGUUUUAUGCCUCAGUGCUUGAAAAUGGAAAGUUGUUUGCUUCUGAGAGUACUGUUUAUAAAAAUUAAUCUCAAUGAAAACAGACCAUAAACCUGCCUAAAAUAACUGAACCACCACAAGGAAAAUCUGAUUAAUUGAUUUCAUAGGAGGGUCAAAAUAAAAGAGUCCAAGCAACACUAACUGUAUGACUUGGGGUUUCAGGUAAUAAGAUCCAUCUGAUAGCAAAUGACUUCCAGCAAAUGACUGUCAAGUGAUAGCUAUGAGCAUAGGCUUUAUUAAGGGCUGAGCUGUGCAGUACUGUAGCCACGUGUAGCACGUGCAGCAUAGCUACUCUUAACUGAGAUGUGUUUAAGUGUAAAAUACACACCAGAUCUCUAAGACUUCAUUUACACAAAAAAAGAAUAUAAAAUAUCCCAUUAAUAAUUUUAAUAUCGAUUACAUGUUGAACUGGUAGUAUUUUAGAUAUAUUGGAUUUAAUACAAUAAAUUUCACCUGUUUUCUAAUGUGACUGCUAGAAAGAUAUAAAUUACAUAUGAGCUCACAUUAUAUUUCUGUGGGACAACACUACUUUACAGCUGGAAUGUCUGGUUUAUUCUUUGCUUUGGCAUUUAUUUACUGUAUGACCUUGGGCAAGUUAUGUAACUUCCAGGCCUCAGUUUCUUCAGCUACAAAAUGUAAAUAACUAUAUCCAUGCCCCACAGGGUUGUUAUAAGGAAUAAAUGAGUUAAUGUACAUAAAACAGAACAAUGACUGGCACAUAGAAAGUGCUAAGUAAAUGUUAGCUUCAAAAGAGUUAACUAGGACUUUAGCAAAAAAUCAAAAUACAGUUUCUUCCAUUCAUUAUAUCAGUCCUUUGCAUUUGUUACAACUGUUAUCCUAAGAAUUAGAUUCUUAGGAAUAAAAUCUUUUCUUUGUAGCCUUUCUCCUAGUAUGUCCUGAGCACUUUUCAGGCAUUGGCUCAUGGUUUUUUUAUGAAUCCAAAUGAUCAUGAAUAAUUUCCACCAAAAAGAUCAAAGGAAAUAAUAUAUAUAAAAAGCACUGUGAAAAACUGUAGUGCAUCAAAGCACGCUAUCAAAAAAGUGAAAAGACAACCCACAGAAUGGGAGAAAGUAUUUGCAAAUCAUGUAUCUCAUAAGGAUCUGGUAUCCAGAAUAUAUUAAACUCUUACAACUCAACAAAAAGACA